GACAAGAAGCUCGCUACUGCCACAUCGGACCAACGUGGAUUUUUCUCGAUUGCAGGCACUGCUACAGAGAUAAGCCAAAUUGAACCUCAACUCCGCAUUUGGACUAUGUGCAGGCGUCAAGGGGAAGCGAAUUCUGAUUCCUACUCUUCCAAGAAGAUCUGCAUAGAUAUCCCACCAGAAUAUAUAAGCAAAGGAAAACAAGUAAAGCAAUACUGGCAAGUCGAAAUUGAGCUCUCCAAGGACGGCAACUUAUGUCCAUAUGCCCGAUUUUUC